AUGAAGUUCGACGAGUUCCUCUUCAGCCAUCUUGGCGAAAUGGGCAGGUACCAGAAAGUGCAGUUUCUGCUGGUGACAAUCCCGACAAUGCUCUGUGCCUUACACGCCUUCAGCUGGACCUUUGCCGCCCACAACACGCCAUAUAGAUGCGCUCUCCCAACCGAAACGGAUCCUCGAACGGCCAACUAUUGGACAACCAGCAAGCUCAUUGACGAAAACCUUGAAGAUUGUUGGAACACGAAAACAAAGACGAAAGUAAACGAAUCGGAUCGAGGCCAACCGGAUGUUAAAUGCAAUUAUGUGAUGUGUUCAAUCGGGAACGACACUUGUACGGGCUAUGUCUUCGAUCAUUCACAAAUGAGCCUCACCGCACAAGAAAAGUGGGAUAUCGUCUGUGAUCGACAUUACUUGAAAGCAGUCGUUCAAGCCGGUUAUUAUGCUGGACAAAUGGCGGGGAGCAUCGUUUUUGGAAUCCUCGGUGAUAAGAUUGGCCGAAAAAAAGUCUUCUUUAUCGCAAUCAUCUUGCAAAUGAUUGCAGGAAUGAUGCAGUCGAUUGUGCCUGUUUGGUGGAUGUACGUCAUUUUCCGAGCUGCUACCGGCUUUGCUCAUCCGGGUAUCUUUGUUAUUGCGGUGAUCAUCGGAAUGGAGCUAGUGGGACCGUCGUAUCGAAAGUUGGCCGGUGUCAUUUCAGGGAUUUUCUACGCGCUUGGACAGGUAAUUUUGGGUGGUGCAGCCUAUUACAUCACGGACUUCCAAUGGCUUCAUGUGGUUAUCUCGGCACCUGGUGUCAUUUUUCUAACGUAUUGGUGGUUGGUCCCGGAAAGUGCGCGAUGGUUGGUUUCGUUGCAACGAUGGGACGAAGCGGACAAAGUUCUACAAAAGGCCGCCAAGAUGAACGGAGUCACUCUGCCCGAUAAAUGGUGGGAACAACUGGACCAAGAUCAAGGAGCGAAGAAAGAUGGCACAACGAAAAAAUACUCGACGAUGGAUCUUAUUGCGACUCCGAAAAUGCGACGAAGAACACUAGCUGUUUUCUUUUUAUGGCCAGUGGCGAUCUUUUAUGUGAGCUUUAUUAUGGGAGCGCUUAUCGAAAUGCCAGCUUUGGUUAUCGUCUAUCUUUUGAUCGAUCGGAUAGGUCGUCGACCAGUGCUUGCAGGAGGAUUCGCAAUUCCGGGAAUCGUCCUAUUGGCCAAUAUUUUCCUGCCAGAGUUAAAUCAAUGGAUGUCGAUUGCUCAGCUUAUGAUUGUAAAGGGUUCAAUCACUGCCGUCUACGCCUCGAUUUACACAUUCACUCCAGAGAUCUUUCCUACAGUGGUUCGUAACACGGCGAUGGGCUACUGUUCGACAAUUGCUCGUGUUGGUGCUAUCUCGGCCUCGUUCAUUUCAAUGUGGAUUGUGGAAAAAUUCGGGAAGAUCGCGAUGCUCAUCCCAUUCAGCGUAUUGGCAUUGUCGGCCUGUCUCGUCACAUGGUUCUUCCUCCCCGAAACGAUGAGCAAGCAUUUACCGGAAACGAUUCAAGAGAUCGAGGGAACUCCCGUUGAACAAGAGAUGGAGCCACUCAGUGAACCAAAAAAUGCCGAA